GAUCCGGUGCCGCAACUGCGCUCUGUGCCGCCGAAUCAGGCCCCAGGCUCCAGAUCGCGUUCGUGGAAACGUCUCCCCAUCUCAACGCACGCCUCAAUUGAAUUUUGCGUUUGCGGUCGCAUCGACUGGGCCAUUGCCAAUUCUACGACUCCACUGAUGGGCGUUUCGAGGCACUGAAACUGAUGGCGCAGGGCCCACCAUCGUCGAUCGCGCGGGCAAGAGCGUCGGCGAAGGUGCGGAUACGGAUAUGCGGAAUGGGACCGCGGAAGAGGGACUGUCGCGUUGUUUCGGUGUCCACAGCCAUCGCAGACUACAAAAGGCGUAGCAGUGGGGGGUUCCCAGGCCAUUCAGCAUUCACAAUCCAAAUCGACCACCCAACAUGACUGCUCCCUCCGAGUCCCUCAAUGUGCUCACUCUCGGGGGCUCCCGCAACAUCGGGUACCUGGCGUCUGUUCGCCUCCUGGAACAAGGGGCCACGGUCACGUUCCUGCUGCGUUCGACCGCCGUCUUCGACCGCGAUGAGACCAUCCAGAGAUACGUCAAGCUCGGCAGUGCGCGGCUGGUCCAGGGCGAUGCCCUGGACAUCGACGACGUCCGCAAUGCAUGGAAGGAGGCCGGCGCCGUCGACGCCGUCGUCUUCACCGUCGGUGCGUCUCCCGCUCUCCUUCUCGCACACGACGGAACGGACGGAUGAACGAGCGUCGCAGGCACCGUCCCGAAGGACUUCAAAUUCUGCGAAGGCUUCGUCAUCACCCCCCGGACCUCGUCACGCACUGCUUCACCAACCUCCUGCGCACGAUGCCGCCGCCACCACCGCGCGGCCCGGGCACCCCGCAGCCUGCCAGUGGGCCGAAGAUCGUCGCGCUCUCCUCGACGGGGCUCGGGCCCGCCGCCGCCGCCGCGCUGCCGCUCGUGCUGAAGCCGCUGUACGCGGGGCUCGCGAGCCCGCACAAGGACAAGAUCGGCGUGGAGCGCGUCGCGGCGCACUGCGCGGGCUGGCGCUGAGACCCCGCCGUCCAUGGCACGUCCGUGCCGCAGGUCCUGCCGCCGGGGUGGGAGGCGGCGGAGGGGCUCCCGGCGCCCGGUGCGCUGCGGCGCGUGCUGAUUGUCCGGCCGGGGUUCCUGACGGAUGGGGAGUGCACGGCGGACGCGGUGGCGGCGAAGGGCAGGGGGAAGAGCUAUCGUGUUAGUGAGGAGGAGACGCGGGGUGUGAGCAUCUCGCGGAGGGAUGUCGCGCACUUUAUUGUCGAUGCGCUCACGCGGCGGUGGAGCGAAUUCGAGAACAAGAGGGUGAAUAUCACCUAUUAGAUCUUGUAGAAGUAUCACGGACUUGUACUCUGGUCGGCAGACGAACUGUUAUCUCAUCUUAUCUAUAGUGCUCAUCUGAUCUGAUCUACCACCUCCAUCCGGUCCGACCCGCACCGCCACCGAGCGUGCACAAGGCACUGAUCACGACUUGCGUGGAAACGAUGAUGAGCCUGGCAUGCAGCCCAGAAACUUGGCAGGCCUUGAGCGGACAUUUCGUCCGUUCAUCUGCGCUGACUUGCACAUGGGAGCAAGCGAUUAUUGCGUCUGAUGGAAACCAGGAGGCACGGUCUCCCCCUCCCCUUCCAUACUUAUCUCGGGGAGUUCCUGGUGCAUCUGGAGCGCAGCGGCGAUCAGCAGGCUGUCUGUCCACCCACGAUACCCGCCGCCACCCAUCAGUGCCCGGCGGGUCAACAUCGGAAACAGUCCAAUCAGGGGCGAGCACCCAGUGGCCGGCUUCGCCAACAACAAUCAAUUAUCACGCGCUCGCUUCUGCACUUAUCUUCGCGACUUCGACGGUCCACAUGGGAUCUCUGCCGCAAUCUGUCUGCGUCUUUGCGUCUGCCAGGGCUAUAAAGCCCGCGGACGCCUUCCGCACAUGCUUCUGCAUCGCUCGUCCGGUGCCUGGCCCCGCAUACGAUGAAGCUCCCCCUCACCGCCUCGCUGCUGCUGUGCGCCGCCGCCACGGCGGCCCAGGCCGCGAAGUUCUCGCUCGCGGACGUGCAGCGCGUGACGAACGUCGCGGGCGCGUCGGUCGGCAACAAGUUCAUCGUCGAGGUGUCCGACGCGGCGAACAUCCCCACCAAGCGCGACGGCGAGACGGCGCACCAACUGCUGUACCGCACGCUGGAGGAGCGCAAGAUCUCGUAUGACGUGCACGACGAGUUCAACGUCCCGGGGAUCUUCGUCGGCGCGUCUCUCACGCUGACUGACAGCAAGGACGUCGCGAAUCUGCUCGGAGCCCCCGGCGUGCUGUUCAUCCACCCCGUGCGCACGUACAGUCGGCCAGUCCCGGUCGCCAGCAAAAAGGCCUCGCCGGGGGACGCCGGCCUGCCUGAUCCCGAGUCGACGCACAUCGACACGGGUGUGAGCAAGCUGCACGCGCAGGGCAUCUUCGGCAAGGGCGUCAAAAUCGGAAUUCUGGAUACGGGAGUCGACUACACACACCCGUUCCUUGGCCCUGGCUUUGGGCCGGGUCACAAGAUCGCGGGCGGAUACGAUUUCGUUGGCGAUGCGUACACGGGCAGCAACACGCCCGUGCCUGAUCCGGAUCCCCUGGAUCAGUGCGCAGGUCACGGUACCCACGUGGCAGGGAUCAUCGGCGCGAACCCGGGCAAUCCGUUCAACAUCAGCGGUGUUGCGUACGAGGCGAGCAUCUAUGCGUACCGCAUCUUCGGAUGCACCGGUGUCGUCCAGGAUCCCGUGAUCAUCCAGGCGCUGUUGAUGGGAUAUAAUGCGGGGAUGGACAUCCUGACGAUGAGUCUCGGAGGCCCGGACGGCUGGACGGAGGGCGCGGCGUCUGUCGUUUCCAGCCGUAUCUCCUCUGCCGGCCGUAUUGUGACGAUUGCCGCCGGAAACGAUGGCGCCAGUGGCUCGUGGUACACCUCGAGCCCCGGAAACUCGAUCACCUCGAUCUCGGUCGCGUCCUCGGAGAACACGCUGCUCCCGCUGCAGACGCUGCAGGUGACCGGCGUCACGCACGCGCCGAUCGUGUACUUCGACAGCCUCCCGCUGCCCGUGACGGGCACGCGCCCGCUGUACGUCAUCUCGAAUGACACGACCGUUGUCGACGACGCGUGCAACCCGCUCCCCGCGAGCACGCCUGAUUUGUCCAAGUUCGUCGUGCUCGUGCGCCGUGGGACCUGCAACUUUGUCGUGAAAUUGGCGAAUAUCGCGGCGUUUGGCGGAAAUGUGUCCAUCAUCUACGACAACGGCAAUGGCUUUGCUCCGAUUACUGUCGGCAACUUCCAGGCUGUGUUCAUCCAAGCUGCAGACGGCGUCUUCCUUGCACAGCAACACGCCGCCGGCGUCCCCAUCCAGGUCUCGUUCCCCCAGGUCGGCGGCAGCGUCAACUUCCCUGACCCGACCGGCGGCCUGGUGUCGACGUUCACCUCGUACGGGCCUUCGAACGACCUGUUCUUCAAGCCGGCGAUCACGGCCCCUGGUGGCAGCAUCCUCUCGACGUGGCCGGUCCCUCUGGGCAGCUGGCAGCUGGACUCGGGCACGUCGAUGGCGACGCCCUUCCUGGCCGGCAGCUCGGCGCUGCUGCUCGCGUACAAGGGCAAAAACGCGGCCGUUGCCAAGAACGCGCGGACACUGUUCCAGUCGACGGCGUCCCCGAUCGGCACGACCAAGGACGACAGCGGCCCGCUGCAGACGGUGACGCAGCAGGGCGCGGGCCUGAUCCAGGUGUUUGAUGCGCUGUUCACGCAGACGACGAUCACGCCGACGGAGCUGCUCCUGAACGACACGGCGCACUUUGCUGGACCGAUCCCCAUUUAUGUGACGAACAACGGGAAGACGGAGAAGGAUUACACGCUCAGCCAUGUUCCUGCCGGGACAGCCCUGACUGUGGACAGCACGGACAUCUUCCCGUCCCUCGGCCCGGUGCCCCUGUCGACCGCCUACGCGAGCGUCUCGUUCAACACGCACAGCACGUUCACGCUCAAGCCCGGCAAAACGAAGAAGAUCAUCGCGACGAUCACGCCGCCCAACGGCGUCGACGCCAAGACGUUCCCGGUCUACUCCGGCUUCAUCUACGCGACGAGCGGCGCGGAGCGCGUGCACGCGACGUACCUCGGCCUCGCCGCGUCGCUCAGGGACGCCGCGGUGCUCGACAACACGGACCUGAUCUUCGGCGUCGGCCUGCCCGCGCUCAUCGACACCGCAGGCAACUUCC